UUUAAUUUAGGCUACUCAUGUACAUGGUGAAAUUCAUGAAUCUGCAGAUGGAAUGAGAGAUGCAGUACAUGAUUUAUUACAUACAUUGCAAGCUGCAGCUACAGAUAUGGCUACUGUUACAUCACAUAUAGAAACAUUAAGAAAAUCUAUGUCUAAGGUGAAUGAAUGGUAUAUCAAUGGUACAGAAAAUACAUUUGUUGAUUAUCAAACAAGGAUGGUAAUUGAAGCUAAAGAAAUUGCAAGAACUGCCCAAGAUAUGUCUGGAAAAUCUAUGACAAAUACACAAGAACUAGGAUCAUCAGCAGGAAAUUUAGCCCAUCAUUAUUCGAAUUUGGCAGCUGAUACACCUGGUGUUAUUGCUACAAUUACAAAUGCUGAGGUAUUUUGAAUGUUACAAAUUCUUUAU